GUAUUGUAUUGUUGCGCAACUCUCGUUCUUGUCGAGCAUCAGAUAGGCACCCGCUAGACACCUAUUCACAUUAACUCGCUUGCUCGUUCGUUCGCUCGCUCGCCGCUCUAGUCGCAACAUACAAUAUUUAUACGUCCGCUUGAAAGAAACUUAACGCAUCCGAACUUACCGAAUCAACAAAAAUAUAAAAAAAAAUAUGGACGACUUCCCUAAAAACUUGAUCAUCGGACUCGUCGUCUGCGCCGUCGUGGUCGUGGUAUCCGCUUGCCUAAUUUAUUAUCUCGCCCUCAACUGGUCCAAGGUGGUACGACGAAUUGCUCCCAACCGCUGGACGGAACCACAGAGCGAAAAAGCAGAAUGGCCGCAGCCGAGGAAAUCCAUCGAGACCGACUUUUCACCUACGUCCUCACCCAUAUCUUCUCUCAGAUCGUCAAGGAUGAGCCCCGAACCGAUGAUCGGCCACGUCAAAUCCCACCAUGACGAACCAAUAAUACCCCCUCCCAACGUAAAGUUAUAAAUGGGGUGGCACUUCUGUUAUUUCCUUCUUCUACAUCACGAGUUACGAAUUAUGACCAUUGGGCAUUGCAUUCGCGGCGUUUUAGAGUAAUUUUGGGGUAUGGGCUAUGAUAUAUUUAGAUGCAUGAUCACUCAAUAUGCUGGUUAGGCGUUGUGGAGUUUUGAGACGAUGGGGAGAUAUCGUCCAUGACAUAUUUCUUUUUUUUUUUUUAAAAAAAAAAGGGGGGGUUGGGGGGACUGGAGACUGAGGGGUCGCGCACUAGACCAUUAGAUCGGGCUGUUCUCGAGUAGAUCACAGCCUAGCACAUCUUAAUGAAAAGC